ACGAAAUCUUGUCAUCAUGUUCAUAGCUAGCAAUUUCGUCAGAGGAAAAAUUUGGCACUAACAAAAAAGACGCAAGCCCUUGCCCUGGUUGAUGCAUGUGGAUUUGAUCAUUUAGUACUUUUUUUUCAGUCGACAACAGUACUCGGUUUGCACAGGUAUUAAACAGUAUUAUUUGAUUUCGCGUGACUGUAUCGCUUGUCUAACACGAACAUUGUUUGUUUCAGUCAGGAGAAGCCUUCAAAUGAAUACAAACCCUACACUGAUCUGAGUAGCCGCUGGUGCAUUAAUUUUUAUCGCAACCACCCUUAAGGCUGAAUGAUUCAUCAGAUAAGCGACGAAAAGUAUUUUUUACGUGGAGAAGGUGAGCAAAACAAGAAUUUUGAUGUCUAAGCAUAUUUUACCUGAUUUAAAGAAAAGAGGUUUUAUGAUAAAGGCUACUAAACACCAUCUCAAAAUACUUUUAGUACAUUGGCUGCCACCCUUAAACUGCUGUUAGAGAAUACCUGUGAGCACGUUCUUUUAUAGGUCAUUUAAUACCCAAUAGCCAUGUUGUUCUAGACAAGUGAUGGCGGAUUCAGCGAUCGAUUCGCGUUCAGGAGUGGUUCACUUCUUUGUCAUCAUUGACCAAAUUUAGUCUUGAUGUCAAUGUGCUCAUUUCUUUCUACUAAAUGCCAUCUCGAAAUACGUUUUAGUACAAUGGCUGCCAUCUUUUAAACUGCUGUUAGCGAGUAUACCUGCAAGCACGUUCUUUUAUAAGUCAUUUCAGUAAUAUCCAUUUUGUUCUAAACAAGUGAUAACGGAGUCAGCGAUCGAUUCGUGUUCACUCCUUUGUCAUCACUGACUUUUUCUCUUCGACUAUCUUGAGUCGGUAUUGUUUAUAACCAAAUUUAGUCUUGAUGUCAAUGUGCACAUUUUCUUCUACUAAACGCCAUCUCAAAAUACUUUUUAGUACAUUGGGUGCCAUCUUUUAUACUGCUGUUAGCGAGUAUACCAGCGAGCACGUUCUUUUAUAAGUCAUUUAAUAGCCAUUUUGUUCUAGACAAGUGAUGAUAGAGUCAGCGAUCGACACGCGUUCAGAUGAAGUUCACUUCUUUGUCAUCAUUGACUUUUUCUCUUCGUCUAUCUUGAGUCGGUGUUGUUUAUAACCAAACAUAAUCUUGAUGUCAAUGUGCAUAUUUCUUUCUAAAUUUCUUAUGAUUUUCUUUGUUAAUACAAAUCCCCACAUUUUACAUAGUUGCAUUUACUGUACUUAGAACUCGUUAUGGAUUGAUAUACUUAGCCUACGUCUCCUACAGUAUAAUAAACCUUGAGAUCAGUCUAUGACUUUAGAUGUUUCGGGUUGUUUCUCAUUAACUACUUGAAAGGAAAACCGAAAUUUGAAUUACAAAAAGGAACAGGAAGUUAGGUUUGUAAUAUCAUCCCGAGAGCAUUCAGCGUAAAAUGUCUGCUACAAAGACCUUUGUGUUUGAUUCUUUUCAAAAGAUUUUUUUGCCAAAUUAAAUCAACCGCUGUAGCUAGUUCUCACCCACUCAAUAGUGUCCUGACCCGAGUUCAAGUCACAAAUGGGCUUUGAAAAAGGCUUGUCUAGUAUUCAGUACUUUUUCGAGAGACGGAAACCAUUUGAAAUGUUUGAAUUUUACGCGGAAUGAAAUCCCACUGAUCAUCUGAUAACCUAACUGAAAUGUUGCCUAAAACUUUCACUAAAAGUAGCUCCGUAUAACCUUGUCUGCUACAGUUUGCGGAAGGGAGAACACUCCAGAUCAGAUCGCAUUUCAAACUAUGGCUACCCAGAACAACAAAUUCACGAAAUCAUUAUGAAAUUAUAUACUUAAUUCCCUGACUGGAUGCCCUUGCUGCAUAUUUACAGAUCUUGAUCAUGGUUUUCUUAAUAUCAUGACAAGCUAUAAGUACACACCAUCUUCAGAGAAUUAUUUUGACUAACAAUUUGAAAAAACAUUAGUUUAUGAUUAUCCUCACACUGCAUACCUCUUCGCGCAAUAUUAUGUUAUGGUAAAAGUCCGCAACUGCUGAGGCAAUCAUAUAGGCAUGCAAUAAGGAUAAAAGCUGAAGUUGUCAACCACCACCGCAAACACUGCGAAAACUGACUGUGGUCCUGGAGUACCGAUCAUAUAUAAUGACCAUGUUAUAGGCAGCACGGCCAAAUUUAUAGUCGCGGAGCCCAAAGCAUUACAACCGCUACAAGGCAUUUCACUUUUGUGUCAAAACGUUGGUGAGGAUUUUGAAGGGGUUCUUAAAAUUUUUUGAAGGGAAUUGGGGGAGGGGGGAUGGUUUUAGAUGCCAUUGAAAGAUUAAGUAUUUGUAACAUUAUAUUAUUGAUAAUUAAACCACUACACAAAUGAAUAAUUUUUAUAUAGUUCCUUAUUUUCUAUUUCAAUCACUAAACUGCAAUGUCCUUUACUUUGUGCAGUAACCAGCGCUAUCUACAUUAUCGUUACCACCUUUACUUUUAUCCUGCUUUUAUUAAUAACGUCACAGAUUGUUUUCUCAUUCUCAUCAUCAUCAUUGUCAACAUAAUCAUCAUCAUUGUCAACAUAAUCAUCAAAAUUAACCCACCUUUCUCUCUUUCAAAGCUUUUAAAGUUAUGAUUAAGUCCUCAGCUUCUAUGUUCGCAAGAGUUAAAUCAACUUUUGCAGCCAAGAAGAAAUGAAAAUGAUCAGUAAUAUUUGGUUUGUUGGCUUUGCAUGCAGGUAUGCUGCAAUCAGAAUAACUACAGGUCGCGAGCACGGUUGUAUAAUCAAAAGUGAUCACAUGCAAAUUCCCAUCAAUCUGGUAGCAAAUCUUUAAAAAUCUUCUUUGUUUUACAUCAAGGAUGGAACUUCUUUCUUCUCUUUUCUUUUGGUCAAGAAGGGGGAUGUCAAAAAUUCAGACAUUCGCUGAUGUCUCACCAUUGCCAAAGGUGAAGCCGGUGGAGGAUCUAAAGAAGCACCUAAGGCCGAUUUCUCUCACUCCUUGUCUUUCGAAAGUUGCUGAAGAGUGUGUCGUAGUUGACUACGUGAAAUCCGGCGUACUUAAUGUUCUCGAUCCAAGCCAGUAUGGCGCUGCGCCGAAGUCCUCCACAACUCAGGCACUUAUACACAUGCUUCACCAUUGGACCAAGGGAUGCGAUGGCAACGGAGCAACUGUUAGGGUUACACUCUAUGAUUAUAAGAAAGCUUUUGAUCUCAUAGACCAUAGGAUUCUUGUUGAAAUAAUCAAUUGGAUCAUAGAUUUCCUAAGUGAUCGUUCCCAGAGAAUCAAACUCUCAGAGGGAUGUUACUCCGAGUGGGGAUCAGUCCCAUCCGGGGUACCCCAGGGGACGAAACUAGGCCCGUGGUUCAGUUUUGGUGCUCAUCAACGAUCUAGAAAUCAAUAAUGCAGGCAAUAUCUGGAAGUAUGUUGAUGAUACAACUACAUCCGAGAUCGUUGUGAAAGGAGCCAGUAGCAAUUCCCAAUUGAUUGCAGAUACUGUCGUGCAGUGGUCUUUUGAGAAUAGAGUAAAACUAAACACUGAAAAAUGUAAAGAGCUCAGUGUGCAUGAUUAGGCGAACAUGCAUAUGAAUAAUCACAUUCAUUUCUUACAAUACCCUUCUGUUUUGCUCUUUAUAAAUACUCGCACCUUUCAAAACUGUGGUAAUGUCGUGUGUCAAUUUAACAAAUAGAUUCCAUGUUGCCGUGUGUCUGUUCAGUAGUAGAUCACAGAUGACGUCAAAAUGUGGUAAAAACAAAGAAGUGGAACACGAGCCGCAGGCGAGUGUGUCAGUGAUGUUUUUAGCACAUUUUGACGUCUUCUGUGAUCUAUAACUAAACAGACCCACGGCAACAUGGAAUUCUCUUUUUUUUUACAAUGAUCAGAAAUGAAAGAAGACCGAUACACCUACCUGCCUCGUACCGCUUGACUGUUCGAGGAUUUGUGCUAGUUUAGGUAUUUUUUAUGUCCCGAACGCUACGUUUCGUCUGUAUACAGUUUCUACGAAAACUUUUGCAAAGUCUUUUCUUGCUCAAAGCAGAAUAAUGGCGAAAAGAGUUUGCAAAACAGCGAGUCUCGUAGUGAUGACACACGAUGGAAACUGUUGUGAAGAUUUCUUGUAGAUUGGGCAUUCUCAAGUUGUAAAGAGCUCUUUUUAAUUUUGUCUCCGUUUCUCCAUUUUUUUUCUUUGUAAAUAGCUCCUACUAAGUUUUUUUUUUCGAGACUUUCACUUGCUUAAGUCCAAAAUAAUCCCAUAACAAUUUUCAAAACCGCGUGCCAUGUUGAACAAAACCGAGAAAAGAAGUUUCCCGUGACGGUAUUCACGUAUCUGUACUCUUAUAGAUCAUGGACAACGACCAAUUACAGCACGCGUAGCAUUCGCAUCAUUGUAUAAAUGCAGUUAGACCAUUUGUAUGUAAAAUGCUAAAAUAUGGGAUGCACAAAUUAAAUUUAAGCUACGAUAAACGUGCAACCCAAACGGCAUUUUGCUUUACAACAUCGCUGCCAAACGAGUUACGAGCGAGCGAAUGUUGGGUGGUAAGAUGGUCAUAGAGAAAUGGAGGUUUUAAAGACAAGAAACAAGGGGAAAGACCGCAAGUCCUGAAUAAAACCGCUAUAAUAGUUUUAAAGAAGGCUAGGUACAAAAGAGGAAACCCGAUGAGGUAGCUGUCACAACAGUUAGCAAGUGUGGAGCGCGGUUCACGAAAAGUGAAGUUUGGAGACCCCUGAGUUGGCAAAAAAAAACCCUGAACCUAGUCCGCCAAGCAACGUUCAGCUUGUCUCAAAUUCGUAAAGAAGGACAAAAGCCUUGCUGUGGUAAAGGGCCGGGAUGAUUAUCUUUUCUUGGAUCAAUGCCCCAAAUAUUUUUUUUUCAGCUGCCUAGUGUAAAAAAAUUAUAUAGUGUUUGGGAGUCCAAGUGGCUUCUGCAUACUAGGCGAUAAAAAAGCUUAAAAUGAAUCAUCUGGGGCUCUACCCCGGAAGCUCUACACGCUACAUGACUUAUCCCACUCAAUGCCGCAACUAUUACAGAGUGUGAAAAAAAAAAAAAAAAAACAAAGGGGGUAUGCCGGUUACUGAACUUCUGAAUACAUGUUCCCGAUAGAGCAAUAAACAUCUUUUCGAAAUCUCAUGUAAAAAUAGAGUUUUUAUUAAAAGUUUUAGCUCAUGAAAUUAGAGGAACGAACUCUUGGGACGUCCUGUAGAGCACUAUCAGCUAUUAUAUAACCCUGAGCGAAUUAGUGCGUUAUAUUCCUCUCAUUAUCAUUUAUAUUCAGUUGUUUGUGUUUUGCUUGAACCCAUGAGUUUUCCCAAAUUUCUUAUCUUGGCGCAAAGCGUGCUUACGUUGCUAAACAAACUUCUUAAGAGUAAAGCGCGGAUGUCGCCCAAAAACGAGAUUAUCAUUUCCGUACUUUGUAUCUCAUGAUAUUACCCUACAAAUUACGUCCCUAAUUUUUUUUACCUUCAUUUAGGAAAUUAACAAGAAGGAUUGAUGGCCCAACACCAAGAGCUUAACAGAAAGGUAGAUGUUCUUGAACUGCUGGAAAAACAUGAUACUCCACCUCUUGUUUCUAUUGAAGUGCCCAAGAUGUGUGACCUUCCUAACAAGUCCGAGCCUUGGAGCAAUGAUUGACUCCCAGUUGACAUUCUUUUGUUGACCGUGGAGGACUGUGAGUUCUUAGCAUGUUACACUUUCAUGAAAAAUCGCUUUAAAAGUUAUCACAAAGACCUUGGAUUUGUUUACUUUGGAAACGUGGGUGAAAGUGAGAGCGAACAACUGAAGGUCGCCCUGAUGAGGUGUUGUGAAGGUUCUUCCGGUCCAGGUGGCUCGCUAAUCGUCACCAAAAAUGCAGUGGCGCAACUGAGACCUAAAGUUGUUUAUUUUGUUGGCUGCUGUGAGAGUCUUAAACCAGACACGGUGAGGUUAGGAGAUGUUGUGAUAUCCUCAAAGCUUUCUACCGAAGCAGUCAGAACUCCAGUGGGAAAAGAUAUUGGAAAACUCAUUCAGCAUUCAAGUGAUGGCUGGAAUCCACCAUUGAAAAUUCCAAACGCUCGUGAAAUAAAUGUGCACCGUGAUAGCGAGAUAUUGUCUGGUGUGGAUCCACCUAGUGCUAAACUGUCAUGUGUGUCCAACUCAAAUGCGACUGCUGUUGAAUCAGAAGGAGAAGGUUGGCCUUAUUUUUGCUUUAAAGCUGAUAAUUUGUAUUAUUUGUCUACGAUUGUGUAUCAUUUGCAGCUCAAAUUCCAUUGUAGUCCUCAACAUGUUUAACAGGGGCACCCAACGAGAGUAUAGUUCAAAACCACAUAAACUUAGCAUUGUUGAACGUACUUUAGUAUUUAAACGGUAGAUAAAGGCUUAUUUUUAUCCCCUAAAAAUUUUUCAUCUGUUCGGAUUUCCUAGCUGAAAGUAUAGUGAUCCGAAAAUUAUAGGGAUCAAAAUUUACCUUUUCGAAAAGUUCAGCCAGAAAAAAGGCUCCCGAAAAUUCUAGGUGACCUUUUCGGGGUAAAAAUCCGUUAAAAAUGGGCAAUUAUAUGAUUUUUUUGAAGUUCAAAAAUCCUAGGAGAGGCAGCCAAGCAAGAAAUUUGUCAGAAAAUGAUCCGAAAAUUCUAGACCUCAAAUCGUCUUCCGAAGAGAUAAUUUACCGAAAAUUGUCGUUGGGUGCCCCUGGUUUAACUUAGAGAAUGAGCAGCAACCGAUAUUUAGUUCAAGCAGUGAAGCUGUUUUCAACCCUUUUUUUUCUUUUGUUGAAAAAGAAAGGGUUCCACCUUUUUGUGUUAAAAGUUGUGAUGACAUGCUUCAUAUGGGUAUCUUUGAAAAUUUUAGAAAAACUUAAGAAUGACAAGAAUGUCCUUUGCGCAACAUUUCUCGUUCAUAGUAAAGGUAUAGUGAGAAAAAAGGAGAUGAUCAAUUUGCGUGAAUUUGAAGAGAAAUUGUAGCUUACUGCAAAGAUUUCAUGUGAAGUUUUAUCUUAUAAAGUGCUCCGUAAUUAGAAAAAGCUGAAGGGAAAAGUAGUUUAUGUUCUUAUGCUGUCGUCUGAGGUUCACUUCACUUCACUAUUUGUUGUAGGUGUCUUUGUAGCAGCACAUGACAUGAAGAUUGAAUGGGUGAUCGUCAAAGGUGUUUCUCAAUUCGCCAAUGACCUCGACCCUCCUAAUAAUUUGUGGAAGUCGUUCGCCUGCACGAUGGCAGCUUCUCUUGUGUUCAACAUGUUAAAUGACCCUCUCAUUUUUAAAAAUUGGCCGCACUUUGACGGUAAGUGUUCGUCUGCUUGGUUGACGGCGUUGCGCUGUAUAAACCCAGUAUAUCAACAAGGGUUCGAAUUGUCGGAUAUGAUUGUACAAAAAAGGGGUCCGGGCAUUUUGUAAUUUCCUAAUUUGACUGAAUUUUGUGACACAGUUCCUUUAACGUGAUGCAAUAUAUGAUAUAAAAUGAACCCGUAUAACGGAUUGUUUGCAUUUAUAGCGUCUCCCUUAAGAUAGUAAUGGAGUACUGAUCUUCAUUCGUUAGCUGUUGAGGGUGUCUGUAUUAUUACUGGAUGUCUUAGCUUGUUAGAGGCGUUUAGAGAGGUGUUGACAUUCGCUGGUACGAUUAUUCACAUUUAAGUGUCCGUUCCCUACUGAUUUCCGUAUUCACCGAUUUCUUACUCCCAUGGUGUAAUUUUUCCUAGUCAUAUUACUGUGAAAACCAAACACAAAUAUAAAAAGGCGAAAAGGUGAAAUUCUGGAACUUCAAGUUUUGUAUCCAAUGGCAAGUUAUUUUCUAUUCUUAGACAACAUAAACGACAAUCAUGGGGAGGCAAGUAAGGAAUUGGGAAAGAUCGGAGGAAGGUUGAAUGACAACGAUUCAUCAGAAAACACAACAAAGGGUAAGUUACAACCCUAGAAACUUCUCCACGAACGUUUGGUGAGGAAAAUAGCAGCUAUAAAGAGAGGAAUACAUCGGAGGUCAAAAGUGUUGGGACCUUUCCAGUAAGCAGUUUUCAACAAUUUUCAAGGAAGCAGUACAAGCGCGCAAAAUUAAAAGGUCCUAUUGACUUGAUGUUGCACAUGCAUUUACCAGUUACCCAAAGCUUUAAGACUGCAUAAAAAUGUCUCGCAAAAUAACUUUUGUUAUAUAGUUUUGGGCUUUCAUUGUUUGCACCCUGAUUAUGCGCCGUUUUGGGGGUCGAAAUAACGCCCAACUUUAAUCGCAAAAAGUCGAUUCUGGUAUGUCUCAAAUUUUAAUGAUUAUACUACAUGAAAGAGCUGUGAUUCUUUUACCUAGACCUGAAGUUUCAGCUCUGUGAAUUUAAAUGCUUGCGAAAAAUAAAAUUUUAAAUAUAGCCCCUCGGGCCACCGUUAGCGACAACAACGUGAAAUGCAAACCAAGCGAAACCCGUGUAAACAAAGGAGAAAAUCACACCAAGGUUAUUUCUAGCCCACCAAAGCGCAAAGAAAGGAUGGAAAUCUCGGUAUCUAAAUAGGUAUUCCUGUCUGAAAACUUAAAAAGGCGAGAUGGUCCUUCAAAAAAUAUAGAAAGGAAAAAAAAAACCUGAACAACGAGCAAGUGAGAAUCGCAUCGUAAUUCUAAACUCGGAAGCCGUGAAAAUGCUUCCGCCAGGUCAAGUCCAAAAGGCUUCAAGAACUGUUUUGGAAAUGCCCCAAUACUACUAUCGACAAACCAUGCCAUACGAUAGAUUUACUUCAGUAAAACAGGUAAAAUGAACAUGAACAUAAUAUCGUGUGCGAAUGAAGACCUUCGAAUGCCCGGGUAACAAAAAGCCUCGGGAAAUUUCAAAGAAGAUUUAUUUCGAAAGAUUUAUUUCGAAAGCGAAACCGAACCGACAGUAAUUUUGUUGCUGGACCGGUAAGAGAAACGAUCAUUGCAUGUUUAAACUUAUGUUUUCCCCCUAAAUAUUACCAAUCGUUUCCGCUGCAAAGCCGAUUUUAUUCUUUAAAUAAAAAAAAUCCCUCAUUACACGUCAAACUUUUAUAUGGCAGUUUCGUAGAUCUAGAGCCACAGGAGUCUGGGAACCGACUCUUCACCGGAACCUUGAUACAUGCAUAACACCUUAAUAAUCCUUGCAACAUGGAACGACCUUGGGAACCGACCAAGAAACUGUCAAAUGUUGGAAAAAAGGGAUGCCAUUCCUAUGCAAAAUUACAUACAUAUAUUUUUGCGUAUGCUACCUCAUUAUUUUUACUUUCCUUCUUUUACCAUAUAUGAAAGGUAUGAAGCCAAUAAGAGCCUUCCUUCCUUCAAUGGUCCCUAAUUUCACUGGCCGACAGAGCGAGGUUGAAGAGAUCAUUGGACACGUAACUUCCGAAUCUACCCGACUGGUGUCCAUCUGGGGUUCGCCUGGGUUCGGAAAAACAUCAGUUGCAAUUACAGUGGGACACGCGCUCCAGUCUCAAGGGUUACCUGUGUAUUGGGUCUCAUUACGGGCACUUCAGUCAAAAGCAGAUCUGACUUCAAAGUUUCUUCACCUUCUAAGGCAACCAACCAUCAACAAUCAACCGUCCGAUCAGCGUCUGUCCCUUGACGAUGAAAUUUGCCAACUAUUCAGCGAAAUAUCAAAACGGUCUGUAUUUAUCCUUGAUAAUGCCGAUGAUUUAUUAGAAAGUGGUUGCCCAAAAGUGAAGGAAGAGGUCAUGCAACUUCUUGAAGAAAUACUCAGGCAAAACCCAAGGCUGACAAGCAUUGUAACCACGAGAGAGUCUCUCGAGUUUAUGGACAUUCAUUUUCAAGGCCAUCAAGGCUUAAGAAUAAGAACAUUAGAUAAAGCCUCUACACAAUGCCUAAUUCAUGAGUUACUUCCAAAUACGAGCCCUGCGGAUUGCACAGAAGUCGCGCAUAUCUGCGGACAAGUUCCUUUGGCCAUAAAAAUAAUGUGUUCUUUGAUAUCUGAAGAUAAUGCUUUACCACGCCAUUUUCUAGAUGAUUUCAAGGCGUCCUCUACAGAAAGUAUCGUGAGCAUGUUGGACAAUCACGAUUACCCGGCAAGCCAUCGAUUACAGUUCAUUUUUGACUCCUCUUUCCAGAGACUUACUGCACAAGAACAAGAAGCACUAAUUUCUCUGAGCAUUCUUCCUGGGAACUUCACUACUGAGGUCGCUGCGGCCGUUUUAGGCACCAAAAGUGGUUUCCAAGCCAAAAGAAUGUUACAAAACCUUCGGAGGAAGUCACUGAUUGAUUCAGGCUCUAAAUCCGGGACAUUCACGAUGCACAAACUGUUGCAAUCAUUUUCGAAAGAGAAAGGAGACGCUGAGAUGAACAAGACGAUUCUCAAUGCAAAGGAUCGUUUGAAUGCAUUCUAUGUCUCGCACUUUGAUAAACUAAAUGAAAAAUUUCUCACCGGGCAUUCCAUGGAUACAUAUAUUGCAUUUUAUGAGGAUAAGGAAAGCAUUAUUCAAAGCAUAGUAGAGGGAUGUUUUAACUCCAAAACAGCCGACACUGUCUUUGAAAUUUUGGUCAAGGGGGAGUUGUUUCUUGACUCACUUUUUUGGACAGCGAGUGAAAGUAAAAACUUUGAUGACAUAUACGAUGCCGCCAUAAAAGCAGCCAACCUGCAUGGAAAUGAAAAAUACCACAGGCAGCUACUUACUUCCAAGGCUUUCGCUGAAGCAACCUGGGGACGAAAAGGGAAGACGAAUCAGCUUCUCUCUGAAGUGAAAGUUAUACAAGCAGCAUCGUGCCUUGUUUCUAAUGAGGAAAAAGGCAAAUGCUUCUGCUAUUCAGGAAUCUGUUACCUUACUGCAGGAGAAACGAAGAGUGGAGUCCACUGCCUACAGCAGGCGCUUUCAUCCCUGGAGACUUGCAACGACCAAGAGUCGUUAUUUUUAAAGUUUCUUAUUCUUCAGAUCCUCAUUUGUUAUUAUCAGUCCCUAAAUGACUUCUACAAUGCAAGUUACUACUAUGACAAAUCACUACAUCUGUCCUCUGCAGUGGGAGAUUGCAAGCUGCUUAUUAUUCCUCCUAUGAAAAGCAAAGAACAAAAAACUACCAAUGAAAUGCAGUUUGAAAAGGACUCAAACAUUUUGCUGAAUCAACCUUUCGAAUUCCAAUUUGUCUGUCUCUUAAGUGAAGCUACAAAGUUUUUCGCUGACACUAAAACCAAACAAAAUACAAGCCACUUGGUUCUUCAAAUGUUAGAGUGCCUCGAAAAAGAUGUUACACCUUCAAUUGGUUUGCUAACGUUUCACACAACUGUGGUAAAGCUGCUGUGGAAUUGGAAUAGUGAAGACCCUGAAAAACUAUUUUGGUCAAGAAUAAAUUAUCAUGAAAAAACACUCAAGCAAUGCAAACAAACUUUCCCCAAAAGUCCCGACUUUGGCGGUUAUGGUCAAAUACAAAUUAAAGCGCUUGUGGACUGCUACUUAAGCCUGGGUAAAGUUUACAACAACAGAGGAAACUAUGCAGAAGCUCUUCAGUCAUACAAGCGAGCGUUAAACACAGCAACAAGGUCCUUUGGAGAAGAACAUGAAAGCACUGCUGACAGCUACAGGCAACUCGGUGUAACACAAAACAAAAUGCAUGACUAUAGCGCAGCUCUACAAUCUCACCAGCAUGCAUUAGCUAUCCGUAUUAAACUAUUUGGAGAGGAACAUGAAAGCACUGCUGACAGCUACAGGCAACUCGGUGUAACACAAAACAAAAUGGAUGACGACAGCGCAGCUCUACAAUCUCACCAGCGCGCAUUAGCUAUCCGUAUUAAACUAUUUGGAGAGAAACAUGAAAGUACUGCUGACAGCUUCAGGCAACUCGGUGUAACACAAAACAACAUGCAUGACUACAGCGCAGCUCUACAAUCACUCCAGCAUGAAUUAGCUAUCCGUAUUAAACUAUUUGGAGAGGAACAUAAAAGCACUGCUGACAGCUACAGGGAACUAGGCGUAACACAAUUCAACAUGCAUGACUACAGUGCAGCUCUACAAUCACUCCAGCAUGAAUUAGCUAUCCGUGUUAAACUAUUUGGAGAGUACCAUGGAAGCACUGCUGACAGCUACAGGCAACUCGGUGUAACACAAUACAACAUGCAUAACUACAGCGCAGCUCUACAAUCUAAAGAGCAUGAAUUGCUUAUCCGCAUUAAACUAUUUGGAGAGGAACAUGAAAGCACUGCUGACAGCUACAGGCAACUCGGUAUAACACAAAACAAAAUGCAUGACUAUAGCGCAGCUCUACAAUCUCACCAGCGCGCGUUAGCUAUCGGUAUUAAACUAUUUGGAGAGAAUCAUGAAAGCACUGCUGACAGCUACAGGGAAAUCGGUGUAACACAAUACCACAUGCAUGACUACAGCGCAGCUCUACAAUCUCACCAGCGCGCAUUGGCUAUCCGUAUUAAACAAUUUGGAGAGGAACAUAAAAGCACUGCUGACAGCUACAGGCAACUUGGUGUAACACAAAACAACAUGCAUGACUAUAGCGCAGCUCUGCAAUCUCACCAGCGCGCAUUGGCUAUCCGUAUUAAACUAUUUGGAGAGGAACAUGAAAGCACUGCUGACAGCUACAGGCAACUCGGUGUAACACAAAACAAAAUGCAUGACGACAGCGCAGCUCUACAAUCUCACCAGCGCGCAUUGGCUAUCCGUAUUAAACUAUUUGGAGAGGAACAUGACAGCACUGCUGACAGCUACAGGCAACUCGGUGUAACACAACACAACAUGCAUGACUACAACGCAGCUCUACAAUCUCACCAGCGCGCAUUGGCUAUCCGUAUUAAACUAUUUGGAGAGGAAAAUGAAAGCACUGCUGACAGCUACUCGGAACUCGGUGUAACACAACACAACAUGCAUGACUACAACGCAGCUCUACAAUCUCACCAGCGCGCAUUAGCUAUCCGUAUUAACCUAUUUGGAGAGGAACAUGAAAGCACUGCUGACAGCUACGCGGAACUCGGUGUAACACAACACAACAUGCAUGACUACAACGCAGCUCUACAAUCUCACCAGCGCGCAUUGGCUAUCCGUAUUAAACUAUUUGGAGAGGAACAUGAAAGCACUGCUGACAGCUACAGGGACCUCGGUGUAACACAAAACAACAUGCAUGACUAUAACGCAGCUCUACAAUCUCACCAGCGCGCAUUGGCUAUCUGUAUUAAACUAUUUGGAGAGGAACAUGAAAGCACUGCAGACAGCUACAGGGACCUCGGUGUAACACAACACAACAUGCAUGACGACAACGCAGCUCUACAAUCUCACCAGCGUGCAUUGGCUAUCCGUAUUAAACUAUUUGGAGAGGAACAUGAAAGCACUGCAGACAGCUACAGGGACCUCGGUGUAACACAACACAACAUGCAUGACUACAACGCAGCUCUACAAUCUCACCAGCGCGCAUUGGCUAUCCGUAUUAAACUAUUUGGAGAGGAAAAUGAAAGCACUGCUGACAGGUACUGGCAACUCGGUGUAACACAACACAACAUGCAUGACGACAACGCAGCUCUACAAUCUCACCAGCGCGCAUUGGCUAUCCGUAUUAAACUAUUUGGAGAGGAACAUGAAAGCACUGCUGACAGCUACUCGGAACUCGGUGUAACACAACACAACAUGCAUGACUAUAACGCAGCUCUACAAUCUCACCAGCGCGCAUUGGCUAUCCGUAUUAAACUAUUUGGAGAGGAACAUGAAAGCACUGCUGACAGCUACUCGGAACUCGGUGUAACACAACACAACAUGCAUGACUAUAACGCAGCUCUACAAUCUCACCAGCGCGCAUUGGCUAUCCGUAUUAAACUAUUUGGAGAGGAACAUGAAAGCACUGCUGACAGCUACUCGGAACUCGGUGUAACACAACACAACAUGCAUGACUAUAACGCAGCUCUACAAUCUCACCAGCAUGCAUUGGCUAUCCGUAUUAAACUAUUUGGAGAGGAACAUGAAAGCACUGCUGACAGCUACUCGGAACUCGGUGUAACACAACACAACAUGCAUGACUAUAACGCAGCUCUACAAUCUCACCAGCAUGCAUUGGCUAUCCGUAUUAAACUAUUUGGAGAGGAAAAUGAAAGCACUGCUGACAGCUACUCGGAACUCGGUGUAACACAACACAACAUGCAUGACUAUAACGCAGCUCUACAAUCUCACCAGCGCGCAUUGGCUAUCCGUAUUAAACUAUUUGGGGAGGAACAUGAAAGCACUGCUGACAGCUACAGGGAACUCGGUGUAACACAAUACAACAUGCAUGACUACAGUGCAGCUCUACAAUCUCACCAGCGGGCAUUAGCUAUCCGUCUUAAACUGUUUGGGGAAGAACAUGCAGAAACCACUGAUAGCUACAGGCAAGUCAAGAUCACUCAAGACGCCCAGCGAAAGUUUAGAAAAGUGAAAAGAACAAAGAGAAAUUUACAAAAAUAUGAAUAG